AAAAGAAAGGAGAAGCAAAGCAGUUUAUUAAAAGAAAAAAUGAAGGAGAACGGUUCCUCUCCGUCCUCGCCCCCCGAGUAUUCAGGACCAGGUGAAGGGGGCCAAGACUCCCCGCCAUCAUACGAUGAUAUCUUUAGGCAAAAAGUUUCACAAGCUCCAAAACGGAAGAAGGAAUCAAAUGCUUAUAUCAAGGAUGACAGAAAUAUAUGGGAGAAGUUUCACGAAUGUUUUGAAGAUUCGGUAUUACAACAGAUUGUUUGGCUGACAGUUUUGGCAUUUUCAAUAACCUAUAUCACGUUUGGAUCCAUAUUCAGAGGAAAUUGUACAUUGAAGACAGUGAACUCCAGGAACUCCAGCGGAAAAACCGAGGAGGAACACGAUAUGACAACUUUUAUACAGGCAGAGGGCGGGGUACUGUGUGCCACUGUCAUCUUUGUUCUCUUCUUCAGAGUUCUAGCCUUUUUGGAAAAUCGAAAUCCCAAGCACAAGUCUCAAAGUAAUAUCCAGGAAACUCAAAUAUGUAUGGGACGCGUGCUUUUUAUCAGAGCUGCAUUGUAUGUUGUUAAUUUUGCCUUAUGUAUAGCAGGGGCUGCCAGAGUUAUCCCUGCAUAUACCAGCAGGAAUGCCUCGUAUAAAGUUGAGUGCGAUAAUGUUUUCUUCAGUUUCUAUUUUUACGCGAAGAUAGUGCAUUUGUCUGUGUUGAUGCCGUAUGCUGCCUAUAUCCUGCUAUCCGUGUUUGUUAUGCCUGUACAUCAAAAAAGAUGGCUGUUCAGACGGAAAUGGCGUCAGUGGGUCAGACUUAUUGAUGCAGACCAAGAUGGCGUCAUCAGUGCAGACGAUAUGGAGAAAACAAACGCCAAAUUUGAAGAGCUAAGGAAACUUUUCGGUGUCAGAAAUUCAGCAUUGUCGGCUGCAAAACAGAAAAAAUGGUGGAAUGACCAUAUAUUUAAACUAGGACCUGGAAAUGACAUAUCAGUAAAUGAUUACAUUUAUUACUUGGAGGGAACAGUUGGGGGAGUGGUUCCCAGUGCGAGACCGAAGAAAGUAAAGCCAGUCGUCACAGGAUUUUUCGAUUUCUUUUCAACGGGAGAAUAUAGAAAGAAGUCACUCAUUAUUGGACAAAACGACUUCGUUAAGUUCUGGACUAUUCUUGUUGGUCUGGAUGAAGUUCAAGGCAAAAAACUGUUUUUAAAGAAUUUCCCCGCUCCUUUUACAAUGACACAUUUCAUGGAGGAUUUUGUGAACUUUUUAUCAAAUGACGAAUUCCUUGAUGAGGUUAGCUAUCGGGUGUUUAAUGUUCUUCGUCAUCGAGAAUCACAAUCCCGAUGCUGUGAUGUUUGAUAUUAUUAUCA